GCUAUUGUUCACUUUACGAUAACAACAACAGACUCCGAAGCACACGACGAAAUUUGUCAGAAAGAAAACUGUCAAUAAUUUCUUAUUAGCAGGGACGAGGUUGUUUAUUCAAGGUUGAUGCCAGAACUGGUAUAGUAUCCACGUAAAGACUAAGGAUGUCUGGAACGGGUGACACAGGACAGGAUCUACAAGCAAAGGAUCUUGAUGUAGACGUUCCUGGUGCCAUUGGGGAUGAAGAAGUUAAAACAAAAGUUGACAAGGAUCAGGAUACCAAAACUAAAUUUGAACAGGAUCUUGAUGUAGAGGUCCACGGUGCCAUUGGAAAUGAAGUUGGAACAAAAGCCGACAAGGAUGUUGGGGAUAAAGAAGUUGAAACUAAAGCUGACAACGACAUUGGGGUUGAAGAAGAUGAAACAAAACCUGACAAGGAAGUAGGGGAUGAAGAAGUUGACACAAAAGCUGACAAAGACCAGGUUACCAAGACUGAACCUGUACAGGAUCUUGAAGUAGAAGUUCCUGUUGCCGUUGGGAAUGAAGAACUUGAAACAAAAGCUGACAAGGACCAAGAUACUGAAUCAAACUCUGCACAGACUGCAGAUGAGAAUCUUAAAGAAGACAACACAGUUGAGAAUUCACAAGUGAAGUCUAUAUUUGAUGAGAUACAAGAAUCAAAUGCAUAUGAGCCGUCACAAGAAACCGAUGAUAACACUCCAAAACAGCAUGUUGCUUUAGAGAAAACAGAGGACGAAAAUCCUCAAGUGCCAGGUCAGAGUGCACCAUCUCAAGGUCAGUUUGAAGAUGAAGCUGUGGACACUGAAAAUUUAGUUAAAGAUGUAGGUGGAGAGGGAACAAGUGAUAACUCACAAGCCUUGGAACAGAGUACACAUACACCAAAAGUUUUAGAGCAAAGUUCAUCGAAAAACUUUGAAGAGAGUUCACCUAACGUCUCAGAACAGAGUGCACCAACAAUUUUAGAAGAGAGUUCACUGAAAGUUGCAGAACAAAUUGUGUCAAAAGUUUUAGAAGAGAGUACACUAAUAGUCUCAUCAGAACAGAGUGCACACAAACUUUCAGAAGAGAGUGAAUCUAUUGUCACAGAACAGAGUGAAUCGAGUGUCACGGAACAGAGUGCACCAAGUGUCACAGAACAGAGUGCACCAACUGUCACAGAAGAGAGUGCACCAACUGUCACAGAAGAGAGUGCACCAACUGUCACAGAACAGAGUGCACCAAGUAUCACAGAAGAGAGUGCACCCAGUGUCGCAGAACAGAGUGCACCGAGUGUCACAGAACAGAGUGCAUCAAAAGAAUUAGAAGCAACAGCAGAUGAAAAGGAAGGUAGUGCAGAUGAGACACAUUCAGGAUUCUUAGAUAUUUUAGGAAAUGGAACUCUUCUUAAAAAGAUUUUAGAAGCAGGCUCGGGCAAGAGACCAAACAUGGGAGAUGAAGUGAUAGUGAAUGUACUGCAAGAAAUUCCAGAAUUGGGCAAGGUCUUUCCUAGACAGCAUUUACAGUAUGUGCUAGGAGAUGGAGAUGUAGUGCAAGCACUAGACUUGGCUGUAGCAUUGAUGAAUGUUGGAGAGAAAGCUGUAGUGUUAGCAGGCUUCAAGUAUAUGUAUGGAGAUCUAGGAGAAGAGCCUAACAUUCCACCAAGAAGCAAUUUCAAGCUUACAGUAAAAUUGAUAGCAACCAAUGGACCAUUAGAUUAUCCAUCUAUGAGCUUUACAACUAGAUUUGAAUAUGCAAAGAAGAAGAAAGAUAAAGGAAAUGAUCUGAUCAAAAAGAAAGACUACCUUGCAGCAUUAAACUCGUAUACAAAAGCCAGUAAGAUUGUAGACUCGGGUUUAGGUUGUGUGUAUGAUGAUGAAACAGCAGAGAGUUUGCAAGAACUUCUAGAAUUCCGUGCCGUAGUUUUGUGCAAUGCAAGUUUUGCCAACUUCAAGCUUGAAGCAUAUGAUGCUGCUAUCAAGAUGGCUAAAGAGGCAUGUACACUACGACCAGUUUACAGCAAGGGUUACUGGAGAAUGGCUCAGGCCCAAGAGAAGUUAGGAAGUUUAGAUGAGGCAAUGAGAAACUACAAACUUGCUUUGAAGCAUGACAAAUCAAAUGGCAAGUUUUUCCAGCAAGAGUUAGAUAGGUUGCGUAAGGUCAAAAGAGAGAAGAAGCAGUCAGAAAAAGAAAUGUAUUCCAAAAUGUUCUGGGGAUCAAAACCACCAGAAAUGGACAAACCAAAAGAGAAACCACCAGAAGCAUCUUUGUGUAAUGAGUCACAGCCUUCUUGCUCCUAUAAUGAUACCAAGCUGGCUGCAAGUUCCCAGCUGUCUACAGGUUCUCAGCUGUCCGAUGAACUUGAGUGUUCCGCCUCAAAAGCCGCAUUGCCAGAGGAUUUGGACCCUGAAUUAAGCAAAAUCUACCAAAAUGUAUUGGCCCAAAUGUUGUAUUCAGCUGGCCAGGUAAUUUCUGAGCAAUAUGUAGCAAGUAUGGAAAAGAAAGGUGCAGCGUUAGAUCCAGACACCUUGCAGGACAUGUCUAAGAAAAUAGAAUCCCUGAUACCAGGAGAUGUCCGAAAGAAGCUGGAAAUUAUGGCUCAUAAUGCUGCAGAUCAUGUCUCUGAACUCCCAAAUACAGAACAGAAUUUGGAAGAUAAGAAUGAAAAUGAUGUCAAGGACUUAGAUCCUACAACAAGGAAGAAGUUGUCUAAUGAAGUAGAUGCCCUGAUACCACAGAUGUUCCAUGAUCUGUUGAAAAGAACGGCAGUUGAAGCUGCAGACAAAGCCGUGGCUGAUACCAAAGCUAGAGGACAGCUUGAAACCAUUUUAGAAGAUAUUGAUGAGAUGAAAGAGAUGGCUGGUGUGUCGAUACAAUCAGAGAAGGCACUACAUACCAACAUGAUCUAUGAUUUAGGCACUGAUGUGGACACAGGCCUUAGAGAAGUCUCAAGUAUACCACCCUUGUAUACCUUUGACAUCAACAAGACAUUGAUGUCAGGGCAGAUGAUGCCAGAGCAGAUGAGGUCAGAUCAGAAGGAAAUACUAGAACAACCUGGAAUCAAGGUUGAUACUGACAUCAAGAUUGAACCAGAAAUCAAGGUUGUACAAGAAAAGAAGGUUGAACCAGAAAAGAAGAGCUCCUGGUUCUGGAGGACAGGUGCUACAGUUGUGGGUGCUGGUCUGGUCGGCUUGGCCGGGAUCGGCGUCUACAAAUACCUCAACCACUAGAAAAAUAUGUGCAGACGCACUAGGGUUUAAUUUUCACAAAAUUUCUAUUAUCUAUCAGAUACCAAGACCAAGAAAAACUUUAUAUUUUGGAACUGAAAAAAAAUAAUUUUUUAACAUCAGGUAGACAGCCAUUGCAAGUGUUUAAAAUUUCAAAUACUUUUAAUUUUAUAAAAAAAAUUCAAGCAAUUUUGAUAACAUUAUCAAGUGAGUAAAAAAAAAAUUCUCAAACAAUGUAAAUGCAGUUGGUUAUUUCAAUUUGAACUGAUCUUUUUAUUUGUUUUUAAAUUAUUGAUAUGUUUUGGACCUAUUAUAUGAAACUAACAUACUGGAAAUUGGAAACAUUUAAGAUGGUAAAGGCAUUUUUUCAAUAGUUUAACUUUUACAAUGUAAGUCAGGAAAAUAUUUUUGUCAAUAAUUUAAAGUGUACAUGUAGCCAUUUUAUUUAGAUUUAAUAUCAAUUUUAAGUAAAUUGGUAGCUUGAGAAGAUCUUGUAUAAAAGUUAUCAGUGUACAGGUAACCAUUUUAUUUCGGUUUUAUUUGUACUUUUAUUGGUCAGCUUUUUGUAUUUCAGCAGAUUAAGAAGAUAUAUAAAAAUGUUAUCAGUGUAUAGGUAGCCAUUUUAUUUGUACUUUUACUGGUCAGCUUUUUGUAUGUUAGUAGAUUGAAAAGAUCAUAUAAAUGUUAUCAGUGUACAUGUAGCCAUUUUAUUUCAGUUUUAUUUGACUUUUAUUGGUCAGCUUUUUGUAUUUCAGUAGAUUGAGAAGAUCUUAUAUAUAUUAUCAGUGUACAGGUAGCCAUUUUAUUUCGGUUUUUAUUUGUACUUUUAUUGGUCAGCUUUUUGUAUUUCAGUAGAUUGAAAAGAUCAUAUGUAAAUGUUAUCAGUGUACAUGUAGCCAUUUUAUUUCGGUUUUAUUUGACUUUUAUUGGUCAGCUUUUUGUAUUUCAGUAGAUUGAGAAGAUCAUGCUUAAAUGUUAUCGGUGUACAGGUAGCCAUUUUAUUUAGGUUUAAGAAUUGUCCUAGACAUUAUCUCAGUCAGAAAAAGAAAAUUGGUGUAAUAGAGGUGUUGCAGUCUAUUUUUAUGUAUUGAUGAAAGUUCAUUCAUAGAGUACAGUCAGGCACCUUCUUUAUUUAGAAUUUAAUUCCCAACUUUGUCAAAUUUACAAGAUCUAUUUUCAGUUUAGGAAUGACAAGUGUACAGGCAGUUCUCUUAUUUAUUUUUUAAACAUUUUCUUCUUUUGGUUAUUUUAAUGAGAGCUCUCAACCUCUGGUUGAUGAUGCAACCAUUACUAUGAAAAGUACUUGAAGCUGCUUGUUCAUAUUUUCGUUUUUGGCCCCGCUGUCCCUGGAUUUUGACAGUGAUGUUUACAUUGCUGUUGAUCCAGUAAAAAUACCAAAAAAAGACAAAAAAAUAUUUUUAAAAAAUGAAAAAAAAAAAAAAAAAAAAGACAGCUCAAAAUUUGCUAGUGCUUUGAAAUAGAUUUUUAUUGAGUCAAAUCAAACAAAACGAGCAAUAAUGUUGGCUUUUCUUUAAUUAUUUAAGUAUUCCAUAUUCGUUUGAAUCCUUUCUAAAUCUUAAAAUUCAACAUGACUGUCUGUACACUGUGUUGAAAAAAAACAAAAACAUCCUUACUUAUACAGAUUUGUUCAGUAAAAGUUGUUUAGAAGAUCAAGGUGUCUGCACUGUACUCUUUCAAAAUUCAUACAAAAGUUCUCUUAUCAAUUUUUUUUUUUAAUGUUUUCGGUUUUUUUCUUCAUUUUUUUUUUUGGUUAUUUUUAUGAAAGCUCUCAACCUCUGGUUGAUGAGGCGAUUAUUACUAUGAAAAAUGCUUGAAGCUGCUUGUUCAUAUUUUCGUUUUUGGCCCCGCUGUCCCUGGAUUUUGACAGUGAUGUUUACGUUGCUGUUGAGCCAGUAAAAAUACAAAAAAAAAAUUAAAAAAAUAGUUUUAAAAACUGAAAAAAAAAAAAAAAAGACAGCUCAAAAUUUGCUAGUGCUUUGAAAUAGAUUUUUAUUGAGUCAAAUCAAACAAAACGAGCAAUAAUGUUGGCUUUUCUUUAAUUAUUUAAGUAUUCCAUAUUCGUUUGAAUCCUUUCUAAAUCUUAAGAUUCAACAUGACUGUCUGUACACUGUGUUGAAAAAAAACAAAAACAUCCUUACUUAUACAGAUUUGUUCAGUAAAAGUUGUUUAGAAGAUCAAGGUGUCUGCACUGUACUCUUUCAAAAUUCAUACAAAAGUUCUCUUUAUCAAUUUUUUUUUUUAAUAUUUUCAUUUUUUUUUUUUUGGUUAUUUUUAUGAAAGCUCUCAACCUCUGGUUGAUGAGGCAAUUAUUACUAUGAAAAAUGCUUGAAGCUGCUUGUUUAUAUUUUCCUUUUUGGCCCCGCUGUCCCUGGAUUUUGACGGUGAUGUUUACGUUGCUGUUGAGCCAGUAAAAAUACAAAAAAAAAAUUAAAAAAAUAGUUUUAAAAACUGAAGAAAAAAAAAAAAAAGACAGCUCAAAAUUUGCUAGUGCUUUAUAAAAUUUCCAAAUUUUACAAAUAUUAAUCAUAUAGGCAAUCCUGUAGACUUUGGAAAUGUUAAAUAUCAGGCUGGCGGAUUAAUUGACUGACCUGUACACUGAAGAAGGAAUCUUUUUAUUGAUUCAAAUCAAACAAAUAGAGGAAUAACUUUACUUAUACUUUUUUGAAAUAGUCAUCAAAAUACAAAUUAUGUAAGCAUUAUAUGUGAGGCUGGUGGAUCGUAAACGGCUGUCCGGUACACUGUAGUAUAGAAUUAUGUUGAAUCAAAUCAAACCAAAAGAGGGAUAACUUUAAGUAUGGAGACAAUCUUUUACAUUUUGGAAAUUAUUAUCAAAAUACAUGUCAUGUAAAUGUUAAAAUAUCAGGCUGACCUGAACACUGAAGAAUGAAUCAAAUGUGACAAAAAGAUGAUUAGAAUAGCUUUAAUCAUAGAGGCAAUCUUGUACACUUUGGAAAUGUUAAAUUUCAGGCUGGUAGAUCAUAUUGACUGACCUGUUCACUGAAGAAUGAAUCAAAUGUGACAAAAUGAAUAGCUUUAAUCAUAGAGGCAAUCUUGUACACUUUGGAAAUGUUAAAUAUCAGGCUGGUAGAUCAUAUUGACUGACCUGUACACUGAAGAAUGAAUCAAAUGUGACAAAAUGAAUAACUUUAAUCAUUGAGGCAAUCUUGUACACUUUGGAAAUGUUAAAUAUCAGGCUGGUAGAUCAUAUUGACUGACCUGUACACUGAAGAAUGAAUCAAAUGUGACAAAAUGAAUAACUUUAAUCAUUGAGGCAAUCUUGUACACUUUGGAAAUGUUAAAUAUCAGGCUGGUAGAUCAUAUUGACUGACCUGUACACUGAAGAGUGAAUCAAAUGUGACAAAAUGAAUAACUUUAAUCAUUGAGGCAAUCUUGUACACUUUGGAAAUGUUAAAUAUCAGGCUGGUAGAUCAUAUUGGCUGACCUGUACACUGAAGAAUGAAUCAAAUGUGACAAAAUGAAUAACUUUAAUCAUUGAGGCAAUCUUGUACACUUUGGAAAUGUUAAAUAUCAGGCUGGUAGAUCAUAUUGGCUGACCUGUACACUGAAGAAUGAAUCAAAUGUGACAAAAUGAAUAACUUGAAUCAUUCAGGCAAUCUUGUACACUUUGGAAAUGUUAAAUACCAGGCUGGUAGAUCAUAUUGGCUGACCUGUACACUGAAGAAUGAAUCAAAUGUGACAAAAUGAAUAACUUUAAUCAUUGAGGCAACCUUGUACACUUUGGAAAUGUUAAAUAUCAGACUGGUACAUCAUAUUGGCUGAUCAGUACAAAAAGAGACUUUUAUUGAAUCAAGAGAACUUCAGCAUUCCUAUAGUUAUUUAAACAUUUAUUUUACAAGUAAUGUAAAUCAUAGAUACUGCACAUAAAAAAUCUUGGAUCUUUAUAGAAAAAUUAAAUAAAUACUCACUUUUUUUGGGGCAUAAAAUCAUGAAUGGCUGUCUUCAAAUGAAAAGACACUUGCACAUAACAGCACAAAUCUUAUUUUAUUGAAAGAUAGGAGUCUUGGUAAUUUUUAUAAACUGGCUGAAAUGUAAAAUAUCGCUGAACUAUUUUUAUUUAUGUUAAGCCUAGUGUGUUCUUGCAUGUAUUUGUACCGGACUACUUUAUGAAAUUGUUUUGUCAUUUUUUGAGAAAAUUCCAUUGACAUUAUUGUUUAUCUAAUGGAUAUGAAAAAUUGAAAUGGAGAGAACAGAUUAUUGGAUACAUUGAACAUUUUGAAGAAAUACCAGCAGACGUUUUUGUUUUACACUUUUUGGAGAAAUUUCUUUGUACAUUUGUUUGAAAUAUUUAUAGAGUUAAUUACUGGGUAAAUUGAUUUUGGGUUUUUUUUAUCAUCCAUUCUUCAUUUUUGAAGGAUUCAAUUUAAUCAUGCCACACAUUUUGCUGAAGUACUGUACUUUAUAAAUGAUGUUUUUAAACAAAUUUGGAACAAAUUAUUAUACAUGGAAAUGCAUUUUGUUUUAUUUUAAGCUCACCUGAGCACCAAGUGCUCAAAGUGAGGUAUUGUGAUCACGCUGUGUCCGUCAUCACAAAGUGCUCUAGGUGAGGUAUUGUGAUCACGCUGUGUCCGUCGUCCACAAUGUUUAAAUGACAUCUCCUCCAAAACCACUAUAUGGAUUUUGAUGAAACUUGGCCUGGAUGUUGCUUGGGUGGUCCUCUACCAAAGUUAUUCAAACGGUUCAGCUUGGUUGCACAUAGGGGCCACCAGAGCUAAAAAUAGAAAAAUCUCCAAACGAAAUCUCCUCCUAAACCGAAUGUCCAGUUUUGAAAUAAUUUCACAUAAAUGGUCCUUAUGUCACCCACUACAAAGGUUGUUCAAAUCAUACCGAUUCGUCAAAAAACAUGGCAGCCAGGGGGCGUGGUCACUUUUCCCUAUAUGUAUCUAGUGGAAAUUUUAAAAAUCUUCUUGUGUGAAACUGCUUGCCCGAUUUUAAAAUAAUUUUACACAAAUUGUCCUGAUGUGACCCUCUACCAAGAUUGUUCUAAUUAUUUUGAUUCAUCAAAAAACAUGGCCACCAGAGGGCGUGUUCACUUUUCCCUAUAUGUAUAUAGUGGAAACUUUAAAAAUCUUCCUGUGUGAAACUGCUGGCCCGAUUUUAGAAUAAUUUCACACAAAUGGUCCUAAUGUGUGACCCUCUACCAAGAUUGUUCAAAUUAUGCCGAUUCGUCACAAAACAUGGCUGCCAGAGGGAGUGGUCACUUUUCCCCAUAUGUAUAUAGUAGAAACUUUAAAGAUCUUCUUGUGUGGAACUGCUAGUCCGAUUUUAAAAUAAUAUUGCAAAAAUUGUUCUUGUGUGACCUUCUACAAAUAGUAUUAAAAUUUUUCUGAUUCAUCAAAAAACAUGGCUGCCAGGGGGCAUGGUCACUUUUCAUCAACAAUUUUUUAAACAGUAUGUCCUCAUAAAAACCACUGAAUGGACUUGGAUGAAACUUUACACAAAUUAUCUCUGGAUAGCCCUCUUUCUGCUUAAAAAUAGGUUUUUAGCUAUCAGACUUUAAAAAUCUUUUUCUCUGGAGCUUUGAUAUUUGGCAUGUGAUAUAAGGAUUUGACUCUCUACCAUACUUGUCCGAAUUAUUACCCCAAGGUAAAAAAAAAAUAGCCAUGCCCCUGUAAUUGACAAGUACUUACUAUAGGCUUUUAUAUAAGAAACGUUGAAAAUCUUCUUCUCUGAAUCAACAAUAGCUAGAGUCUUGAUAUUUUGCCUGUGAUAUCAGAUCUGUAAUUUCUGUCGUAAUUAUUCAAAUUAUUGCCCUAGGUUCAAAAAUGUGUGUGACAUGUAUAUAAUAUAGGCUAACAUAGAAGAAACCUAACUCUGUACUUUUACAGACACACUUGAAGCCUUGUACACAGGUGAGCGCUUUAGGCUCAAUGACCCUCUUGUUUGUAAAAUGUUAUAUUCUAGCCUUUGUAUUGAUAAAAUGUUAAUGGAGUUGCCUUUAAACCGGUAGAUUAUUAUUUUUUUUCCGAACAUCAUUUUAUAAGAUUAAGCAUUAUUGGUAUUUUAAUAAUAAUGCAAGUCGUACUAAUGACUUAGAUUAGAGUUGCUGCAGACAUUCUGUAUCUGUGAAGCUGUUUGAUAAAGUAUGAUGGUUCAUGAAUACAUUCUUUUGUAAUUUUGAAAUAAUUAGUGAAAUUUUAGACUGUACCUUUUCAGGUAUGAAAUAGAGCACUCAUUCAAUAAUGAACUUCAACUAGCAGUGAAAUUUGAGAUUUUACCCAUACAGGAUACAAGAUAGGGGGUUCAAUACGUCAUUCAUCAGUAUACUUUGACUUUAUACCUCUUGAGAUAUACAAGUGAAGUAUAAAGCUCAAGUGAAAAUAAAUUAUGAGUGAAACUUAAAUUUUUACACAUUGAAGAAAACACUUUGGCCAUAAUGAAUUUUAAGUGAAAGUGGAGCUUGUAUCCCUUGAGAUAGGAAAACAAUGUUCAUUCCAUAAUGAACUGUAAAUGAGAGUUGAGUUUGAAUUAUGAGUGAAAGUACGGUAAGUACCCUGGAGAUAUGAAGACACUGCUCUUAGGAGUAAAAGUUUAGUUGUACAUCACCAUAUGUCAUUUCAAGAUACCACUAGUCCUGUAGAAAAACAGCAAAAUGCAUAAAACCUAUCUCCUGGGCCAGAUUGUUGUGGCUUUACUAUAUAUGACUAGUUUUCAAUGCUCGGUAUAAUUUCUCUUCCUGUGAUGAGGAAAACACUGAAUAUAAUAAAAAUACUCUUCACAAGGUGAUAUAAUUAUGCCAAUCUUUUUGUACGGAAUACUUUGAAGAUGUUUGUUGGAUUUUUGCCAAACUUGUUAAGUGACAUCAUCUCCUAGCCUAAUUGUAUACAUAGCAUUUGAUUUAAAUUUUUGAAAAAUUGUAUCUGCAACAAUUUGAUAAUAAAGGAUUGCUAAGACCACAUUCCUUGUAAAACGGGUUUCAUGGAGUCAUUAAUUAGGUCAUAUUGUAACAUGAUGUUAUUUAUGUAAUGAAUUUUCCUGAAACAUUGACAUAGGCAUAUUUUGUUUGUGAGUUAUAUGAAAAGAAGGGAUGAAAAAGUGAAAAUAAAGAAAUCCAUUAAGUAAACAGAAAUCCCCUAGAAACUAGUUAGCGACAUGGUUAUAUAUGCGAGGUCUGCAGGUGAGGGGAGAGGUGGUGAGGGGCAUGUGUCAUACAGUGUUGACAUGACUAUUGUGAUCUCUCAAAGUAUUUCUAGUCUGGAUUUUCAUACCAGUUAUUUUUCCCGUAUUACAUUUUUCUAUUCAAAGAAAUGUUUUACUCAGAUCAUAAUCAAAAGGAAUGCAUGUGAUAGAAAGCAUUCUGUGACUUAAAGAGUUAUCAGUGCUGUAAAUAAUUGCACCUCAUGUGUAAUCUUUCAUUACAUCUUUGGUUAGAAAAGAACAGAACCCGAGACAGUGAAUAUUUUUUCGUACUGACCUGCAAAAUUAAUAUUCACAUCUGGUGCAUGAUGUCAUUUUUGAUGCGUGUUCAUUUACAGCAUUAUUUUCAAUUUUACUAAUUAACAUUAUUUGUAUGAUGUGUGUCGAUGCUUAUGAAAUAAAAGUUUGUUAGCUUUGUAUAUAUAAAAGAAAAAGAAUUUCCAGAAUGAUGUGCUUCUUAAGUUGUGCAGUAUUUUUGCUGCAGACUUUGUGCUUAUUUCUUGAUAGUAUUAUGUGUAAUAACCUAUUAAUGUACUGUCUCUGCGAGGACCAGCCUCAGUCUUCUUCCUUUUCCAAGUCUUUAUUUUUAUGAAAGGUUUUACGAGAUACAAGACAGGCACAUCUUGUAAUUAAUUUUUAUUAUAUUUGUAUUCAAAAUUUACACAACAAUAACAUGGAAAUGAUGUAUCUUUUAUGUUACUUUGUAUAUUAUGUAAUAGUUACAUGAAGUGCCAUAAAUGUCUUGGUGUUAUUUUUUUUUAUUUUUUAAAAACAACUGUAUCCAAAUGUAUAACAAAAUUAUUAAUCAGAAUGAUAGUUUUAAUAACAAGGAGAACUUGGAAGUAGUAUGAUACAUGUAUUAGGCUCAGGCAGAGAUGGUCACAUGAUUUUGUAUAUUUGUAACUUACUUGUAUCAGUUUGCCCAAGGAGACAAGUGAGAAGCUCUAUUUAUGUUAUAUCAAAUUUGCAUAAUUAUGUCUGUGUAUUAUAUCAUGUUGUUAAUUGUGGAGUGUUGCUUUUACUGUAUAUACAAUUGUUAUAGGUCACAGAGAGAGAGUGGAGAUCAAAUUUCAAAUACUUUGAUAUAUUUUCAUUAUGUUUUGACUACCCAGAAUGACUAAGUCUUACUAAUCACUGGAGGCAAAAAAAACAAGUUGGCAAGAUGUAACAAGAGAAAUACACUAAAUUUGACAGUCUGUCUGUACUGUGAUUUUUUAAUUAAUGGCCGGAUUUUUUUAGGGUGUGUGGAGAUUUGGGUGAAAAAAUGUCUAUUUUAGUAAUGAAUCUCACGAUUGUGCCUUCAAGAUCGAAAAUAUAUGUGGCUAUAUUUGAGUCACAUAUGUAUCAUUGCAUACAUUGUUUGGUCCAGAUGUUCUUUCCAGAACAAUUUGACAGAUUUUCAAACAACUAAAAAUUAGGCAUAGUCCCAAUCAUAAUAUAACACGAUAAACAUUAUGAGCCACUGGGACUAAGGUCAGGAUCAGAAUUGGAGUUAUGUUUCCUCCCUAUAUCUUCUAAACUAUUAGAAGGAUUUUCAUUAGACCAUUAUCAACUCCAUACCAAGACCACAUGCAGAGCCCACGACUAAGGUCACUAUAUGGUGAAGCAAAAAGUCAUUAACUGGAAGUAAUUUCUGUCUGUGUGACCUUUUAACUACUUGCCAGAUUAAUUUUCAAAUAGCAUACUGUAAAAUCAUUUAAUUUCUUGGGCAUGAAAUUUCGUGGUUUUGGUCAAAAUGGCAAUUUCUUGGGGAUAUGAAUUUGUGGAUUUCAGCUUUUGAACAGAAAAUGAAUGGGAAUUUUACUUUUUCGUUGGGAUUAAAUUUCGUGGAUUGACUCAACCACAAAAUCCAUGAAAAUUAGUCCCCCACGAAUAUUAAUGAAUUCACAGUAGCUCAAAUGUUCUCCAUAAUGAGAUGACAACAUAAGUCAUGCUAUUGCAAGGUAGUACAUAUCAGUUCAUCUGUGUAUCUAAAUGAAGCAGUAUAGGGAUACAAUUUGAAAUGCAUUUUUUCCCAAAAGCAGUAUCUACUUCAUUCCUGUUAUAUGUUGUCUAUCCAGAACAUGCUGAAAAAGAAAGGUUUUUACCCAUUUGUCUUUCUGUCCAGUUUGAUUAUAAGCUUUUUUGUAGAGUAUUUGCUUUGCUGUUACUGUCAAUACCUUUCAGUCCUAAUGAGCCAUUUAAUUACUGUUAAUGUUAUAUUUGUACUCUUGAACUUUGUUUUCUUGAACGCAACGGGACUGUCAAAAUUUGUUACAGUUAUCGAUAGUUCAAUAUACAAUAUAUAGGGAUUUUUUGUGGGGACCUGGAGACGAGUUCGAGCAAACGUUCAAAAUAUCUGAGUUCUGGUGAAUUAAGUUUGACUGUAUAUUUUUUGCACAGUCCUUAAACGAAAUCUUUCGAUGAUGUAAUUCUGUAUUAUUUUACUUAAAUAUUUGCAACUGAAAAUUGUUUUUGUUGCGAUUAUUUAAUAUUUUUGCCAAUUUAAAGUUUAUGAGUCACAUGUAAAUUGGUCAUGAAUAUUAAUUAGCAAGAAAUAAACCAAUGUGAAUGUUACUCGGCCUAUAGUAAGUGAAUAAAGUGUGAGAUAAGUUGACACACAUCAUGGAGAGUGCAGGUAUCAGUAUUAGAAUAUACCUUUAUGUAUGUGUAUGUAUUUAAAUGGUGCUUUGUGGUUUGGUUUUGUAAAAUUUUGCAGAUACAAGUAAAUGGAAUAAAACUUAUGAAAUUUUC